CAAUUCCAAAUAAUUUUGACAACUUCCAAACAACCCUCUAAACCCGAAAAAAUCAGAUACGAGAAACCUUGCGACUUUUGUCUCCCCCUCUCUAAUAUCGUAACUCGACUCUCUCGAUCCCACUCUUCUAGAACUCUCUUUCUUCCAGUGUUUUCCCCUGCACCUCCGAUCCACUGAAUCAAUUCCCAUACCCACCGGAAAUGGCAGCCGUUACAGCAGCUCAGCCGCGCUCUUCCAAGACAGAGUCGUACGUUGACAACAAGCGCAAAGAAGACAUCCGCCAAGCCAACAUCAAAGCAGCUCGAGCCGUUGCCGACGCCGUUCGAACUAGCUUAGGUCCUAAAGGUAUGGACAAAAUGAUCUCGACCGCCAACGGCGAAGUCAUCAUAACCAACGACGGCGCCACUAUCUUGAACAAGAUGGAAGUCCUCCAGCCCGCCGCUAAAAUGCUCGUAGACUUAUCUAAAUCGCAAGAUUCUGCUGCCGGUGACGGUACCACUACCGUUGUCGUCAUCGCCGGCGCCCUUCUUAAACAGUGUUUAUUGCUUCUUACCAAUGGUAUCCAUCCUACUGUUAUCUCUGAUUCUCUCCACAAGGCUUCGACUAAAGCCGUCGAUGUACUCACCGCCAUGGCCGUCCCUCUCGAGAUCUCUGACCGUGAAUCUUUAAUCAAAUCCGCCAGCACUUCGUUGAACAGCAAGGUUGUUAGCCAAUACUCGACUCUACUGGCACCGUUGGCCGUUGAUUCAGUUCUCUCGGUCGUGGAUCCAGCAAAACCGGAUAUGGUUGAUUUACGAGACAUCAAGAUUGUGAAAAAGCUGGGCGGAACCGUGGACGAUACUGAGUUAGUUAAAGGGCUGGUUUUUGAUAAGAAAGCGAGUCAUGCAGCUGGAGGACCAACCAGAAUGGAGAACGCAAAAAUUGCGGUAAUUCAAUUUCAAAUUUCCCCUCCUAAAACUGAUAUUGAACAGAGUAUUGUAGUUUCAGAUUAUACUCAAAUGGAUAGGAUAUUGAAAGAGGAAAGGAAUUACAUUUUGGGUAUGAUUAAGAAGAUCAAGGCAACGGGAUGUAAUGUUUUGUUGAUUCAAAAGAGUAUUUUGAGGGAUGCUGUUACUGAUUUGUCAUUGCAUUAUCUGGCCAAAGCUAAGAUUAUGGUUAUUAAGGACGUUGAGAGGGAGGACAUUGAGUUUAUCACCAAGACCUUGAAUUGUUUGCCUAUUGCUAAUAUUGAGCAUUUUCGAGCUGAGAAGUUGGGGCAUGCUGAUCUUGUCGAGGAGGUUUCACUUGGUGAUGGGAAAAUUGUUAAAGUUACUGGGAUUAAGGAUAUGGGAAGGACUACUACUGUUUUGAUUCGUGGUUCGAAUCAGUUAGUUAUCGAUGAAGCCGAGAGGAGUUUACAUGAUGCUUUGUGUGUGGUUAGGUGUUUGGUUAGCAAGAGGUUUUUGAUUGCCGGUGGCGGUGCUCCGGAGAUUGAGUUGUCCAGGCAGCUUGGUGCUUGGUCUAAGGUGUUGCAUGGUAUGGAGGGCUAUUGUGUGAGGUCAUUUGCUGAAGCACUGGAAGUUAUUCCUUACACAUUGGCUGAAAAUGCCGGGUUGAACCCUAUUGCUAUUGUGACUGAGCUGAGGAAUCGACAUGCUCAAGGAGAGAUCAAUGCUGGGAUCAAUGUGAGGAAAGGACAGAUUACUAAUAUCUUGGAGGAGAAUGUAGUGCAGCCUUUGCUUGUAAGCACAAGUGCAAUUACACUGGCUACAGAGUGUGUGAGAAUGAUUUUGAAGAUUGAUGAUAUCGUUAAUGUUAGGUAAUUUCAUGCUCUGGAGAUGAUAUGUGUUUCUCUAGUUAUCUUUUGCAUCUGUUGGCUAUUUGAAUUAGUAGUUAUGUUUCAUUUUAGACUCGACUAUGGUUAGAAUUAUGAAAUGGCAAUCUACUGCCAAAUAUUUGCUUUCAUCGAGGAUAUUAUAUGGUGGCUUUUUCUUGAA